AUGGUUGAUGUGACCUUGAUUUUCUCUGAUGGAAUCUCCAUAAGUCCAUUGUGUACUGUCAAUACGAAAAAUUUUAAGAUUGACGCCAGUAUCGGAUGUAAGGAACACGGAAUUAACUAUACGCAAACUGAAACGGUGGAUGCUUGGCUUGUUGAAAUCAAUUACAGAAAAAUCAAUUUUCUGACUAUGAUUACUCAUCAGAACCGUGCCAAUCCCAAACACGCCAAUAUCGAAGUCUUUCAACCUAGGUCGUUGGUACUUCCUUCAGAGGGCAUGUGCACAGGCACAAAAUGCAACGAAGAUGAUCGUUCAUUCAUUGAACAACUUUCAACACCAGCAGCUGCUGGAGUAACAGACAUACUAAUGAUGGAAGAACUAAUCACCGGUAUGGCGGAUGUUGACAAUAUUCGAAAAAGCAUUCAUAAUGGUGCUUACAAUGCGUUAAUUGAACUGAAUGAUGCUAGUCGAAUAUCUGAAGCCGAAAUUCAGCGAUUGUAUCCUGAUAGUAUUCAAUUGGGUUAA